AUGGCCGAAGAGUUCAACUUUAAGCUUGAUAUCGGGCAUGCUUUAGGGACCUUCCUCCAUUCGCAGUUUUUCGGGACGCCGCCAUAUCCAACACAGUCUUUCUCCAACCAGGUCAUAAUCGUCACCGGCUCGAAUGUUGGUCUGGGAUUUGAAGCUGCCCGACAUUUCUACCGUCUCGACUGUGCGAAACUGAUUCUCGCUGUACGCACAAUCUCCAAAGGCCAGACAGCCAAAGAGGAUAUUGUCCGAAGUGUGAAACACCGCUCCGAUGGGGCAGAGGCCAUCGAGGUCUGGCCCUUGGACCUCUCCAGCACAGAGAGUACCUUGGCGUUCGCUGAACGCGUGAAGAAAGAGUUGCUGCGAGUCGACGCUGUCGUGGAGAAUGCCGGCAUCAACCAUCAGAGCUGGGUAGUUUCCGAAGGAUUCGAGCAGAUCAUUCAGGUGAAUGUGGUCAACACUUUGCUGCUCGGCCUGUCACUGCUGCCCAAGUUGAGAGAGACAAGACGCAAAUUCCCCGAGUCCAGCCCUCACUUGGAGAUUGUCAGUUCCGAGGGCCACCAUUUUACCAAUUUCAAAGAGGUCAAUGCUCCAGACAUUUAUGCGGCCUUGAAUGACGAAAAGAGGGGUGAUAUGCUAGCCAGAUAUCCGGUUAGCAAACUCAUAGAUAUACUCUUUGUCCGCGAGCUCGUUCUACGUCUCCAAGAGCGCGACAAAUCCAGCACCGAGACAGCGCCGCCUGUCACAAUUACUUUGGUCAAUCCGGGCUUCUGUGUGUCUGACCUGGAUAGGAAUAUGAUCCUCCCAGCACGAAUCUUGAUGUAUGUCGUACGCAUGCUCCUUGGAAGAUCAACAGAGGUGGGGUCUCGUACCUUGGUCUACGGCGCAUCCGCCGGUCCAGGCUCUCACGGGGAGUUCAUGUCGGAUGGCAAGAAUCAAGAAGUUGAGAAAUGGAUAUAUUCGGAUCUAGGGAAGAAGGCGCAGGUCAAGGUGUUCGAGCAGACGAUGAGAGUGUUGGAGGCUAGGAAGCCGGGCAUCGGGGCGGAAGUCGGGUUGCCAGCCUGA